GCGAACGAACAACGCGAAUCAGCGUGGGAAAGAAAAAAAAAUGGCACGGGUUGUUAUGGUCUCUCGCCACCUUUGCGUCGCGGCGCUGCUCGUUGCUACGGUCGCCGCCGCGGCGGCGCGUGGGGAGCCGCGUCAUGCUCGCAUGGCCGCGCGGCACGAGCGGUGGAUGGCCAGGUUCGGGCGCGCGUACGCGGACGCCGCCGAGAAGGCGCGGCGGAUGGAGGUGUUCAGCGCCAACGCGGAGCGCGUCGACGCCGCCAACCGCGCGGCCGGCCGCGCCUACACGCUCGGGCUGAACCAGUUCUCCGACCUCACCGACGACGAGUUCGUGCGGGCGCACCUCGGGUACGGCCACCUUGCCGACAAUGGCACCGCGCCGGCGGCGGCGGCGGCGGCGGCCUCUCUGGAUGGCCAGGACGUGCCGGACAGCGUCGACUGGAGGGCUAGCGGCGCCGUCACGGAGGUCAAGAACCAACGCAGCUGCGGGAGUUGCUGGGCCUUCGCGGCGGUGGCGGCGACGGAGGGGCUCGUCCAGCUCGCCACCGGCAACCUCGUGUCGCUCUCGGAGCAGCAGGUGCUCGACUGCACUGGCGGCUCCAACACCUGCAGCGGCGGCGACGUGUCCGCGGCGCUCCGCUACAUCGCCUCCAGCGGCGGGCUGCAGACGGAGGCGGCCUACGCGUACGGCGGGCAGCAGGGCGCGUGCCGCGCCGGCGGCGGUGCCACGGCGCCGAACUCGGCCGCCGCGAUCGGCGGCGCCCGGUGGCGGCGCAUGAACGGCGACGAGGGCGUGCUGCAGACGCUCGCGGCCGGCCAGCCGGUGGCCGUGGUCGUGGAGGCCUCCGAGCCGGACUUCCGGCACUACAGGAGCGGUGUGUACGCCGGGAGCGCUGCGUGCGGGCGGCGGCUGAACCACGCCGUCACGGUGGUGGGCUACGGCGCCGCGGCGGCGGACGGCAGCGGGGAGUACUGGCUGGUGAAGAACCAGUGGGGGACGUGGUGGGGCGAGAGCGGCUACAUGCGCGUCGCGCGCGGCGCCGGCGCCGGCGGCAACUGCGGCAUCGCCACCUACGCCUUCUACCCGACCAUGGACAGCUAGCUCAGCUCAACAUGCAAAUAUAUAGAAUGCAAAAUGUAAUAUGUGUGGGCGUCUGGCUUCUAAACUGAUAAGCCAUUAAGCCAUAUAAUCAUAUAUAGUAAUAGGUAUAAUCUUGAUCAAAUGAUCAUUGUAUCAAGAUAUGCAGUUUAACGAAACUAAUGUUGCUAUCCAAGGGUGCCAAACGGCACAUUUAUAAGUGAAAAAUAAUUUAUGAAUAUAAAU